GACCCAGAGUAUAGAAGGCACUUUCCUACACUGUUGCACAAAGAGUCCUGACACUGUAUCCAAGAUGCUGCUGGUGCUUCUACUGGUGAUGCUGACAUCGUGCACUGCCAUUCCUCAAAAUUUGGCAAAUAAAAUAUUCACCUUCCCAGAAGGAACCAGCACAGCUCAUGUGAGGGUGACUACAUCAAGACAAGAUCUGAGAGCUGUAACCGUGUGUUUCAGGUCCUUUACUGAUCUCAAUAGAGACCAUUCCUUGUUCUCUCUGGCUACACCCUCUGCUAUCAAUAACUUCCUGAUAUUCAAGAAAGCUGCAAAUGGCUUAUUUGACCUGUGGGCCAGGAACAAAGCGAAUAACGUUGAAGGGAUUGCCUACAAGUUGAACACAUGGCAUUCUAUUUGUUCCACGUGGGACUCUACCUCUGGACUCAUGCAGCUGUGGGUCGAUGGAGUCCCCUCAAGUAGAAAAUUUACCAGCUCUGGAUCCAACAUCAAUGGACCCAUUAUCAUUGUCUUAGGACAGGAACAGGAUACCCAUGGUGGGGGAUUUGACAUCAAACAGUCCUUUGUUGGCAUGAUGUCCGAUGUCCACAUGUGGGACCACACCCUUUCCCCCUGUGAGAUCCAGAACUACUCGAAUAAUCGGAGCUUCACGCCAGGCAAUGUGCUGAACUGGAAUGCGUUUGAGUUUCAGAUUGUUGGAAGAGUGCUGAUAGAAAACAAACAAGAGUUGUGUCAAUAAGAAAGAAUUCUGAAUUCUUAUAAGAUUUUAAAAAUCAAUAUCUGAAGUUGGAUUUUAUGUUUAAGUCAAAGGUUUAAAUUUUAAUUUUCUGAAAAAGUACAAAAACUGUCUGUACUGUCUAUGUGUUGCAAUGUAAAUGUAUAUAUCUAAAAUCAAGUCUGGUUUUUUUUUAAGAAUUUUUACUUUUCUACACUUUUUCUUUGUUUUUUCUGUUUGUCUGAUAAUGUUUGGCGUAACUCUACUGUUUCUUUGAUCUUUUUGUUGUAUUGUUAGUGUUGCAUUAUUGAUGUAAAA